AUGCUUGCUACAGACAACCCCAACGCUCUCCCGCAGCCGCAGCAGCAGCCUCACGUCGUCGAGCACCCGCCGCCUUCCUCGAGCAACGCCGAUGCCCGCCAGCAGCGUCCGACGGCGCUGCACAUACCGAAGAACCGAUCGGCGAGCAACCUCACGAGUCUGCAUUCGAGCAGUGCCAGUCUGAGGGCAGAUGGUGACCAGCGAGGUGGACGACUGUCCGUCGAUGCCGGGAGCGACUAUGAUAACUUGACAAGGUCACCUAUCCUUACAGCCGAACGCGAUACUGGCCUCAGACGGAUACGGCAGAAUCCACAACCAUCGCUAAGCCGGAAUCCAUCUUCGCCAAACCUACAACCCAUCUCACCAACACCGUCCAGUCCGGUGUCGCGCAAGUCAUCCUUCGCUCAGACAUUAGCUUCCCCCACCAUACCAUUCAGCGAGGACUUGACCCGCUUUCCGUCCGAGUCGCUGCACUCGUUCUCCUUCGCUCACCAGAGCAGCGACUCUCUUCACAAUCGCCAGAAUGUAUUGAAACGAAGCAUUGAGUUCAUGAAGGAUCGGCUGAACUUUGCAACCUCUUCGCCGCGGAUAGCAAGUGCACAGGCGAAGCUGGCAGGUGACGAGGAAGUUCUUAGUAUGAUGGAGCUACUACAAAAGGCAAAUAUCAUGAGUCCUCAAAGCUUGAAUGCUGCUGGCUUGAGCUUCGACAGAGAUCUCGGUCCACUUACUGGUCCGGCACAUCUGGCCAACGAGAACGUCUUUGAGAAGAGCUUCCUUCCACCUGGCCAAGAAAGUGAAGGUCCGACGGACAUGAGCAGCCCAAGUGCAGUCGGGAGUAGCGACGCUACAAAGUCUUCGAGCAGUGGACGUGGGGUGGAUAGAGACCUCCGAAGCGAGAAGUUAUCACCUGUGAACUCACAUCACUCAAUGCAGAUUCCGGAGACGGUGGCAGAGAACGGUUCCAUUUCAGAGCCAGAAAAGCUGGAUCUCACACAGUCCGUGACUCUUGAUAGCACCGAUCGCGAUUCCAUGCCGGGACUGCCAACGCAACGACCUCACCGGUCUUCUUUGAAGAGAACCUACACCGAUGUGGCUGGAUACUCUUUGCAGCACAAGCUGACCGAAGCUCUUGCUCAGCCGUAUCGUGCCGCACAGCCAGCUGCUACCCCGAUCGUCCCACAACAGCCUGCACGCUCGAACACGACAGUCGCUGAACGUGAGAGAGCACCGCAUGGACACCGGAAUCAGCAAGCACAAGCUAUAUUCACCACCGAAGCCAAAGCACCUUGGACUAUCACUGCUGCUAAUGACCUAGCAUGUCUAGUGUUCGGCGUCACUCGUGCUGAAGUACGAAAGCUGGGCAUCAUGGAAGUCAUCCAGCAAGAUCGCAGAAGCUGGCUUGAGGAGAGGUUGAAGAAUCCAGAAAGCGGUAGUGCAUCGAGGCAGUCGAGGUUGCAGCCUCCGCCUCCACCUGGUAAGAAAAUUUCAAGUGCACUCGCGAGCAUGGGUAACGGCGUGACAGCCAAGUUACUAUCCAAGCCACCGGCUAGGCAGACUUAUCAGAGUCGGCGUAGCAAAACCGAAGACGGCACCAGGACUCCCGAAAAGCCAAAGAACUCGAAUCAUCCCGGUCACAAGAGUAGAGGCGUGCUACUAUGUGGUGACGUCGUGCCUAUUCGAAAGAUGAAUGGUGCGUCCGGUAGUGCUUCUCUCUGGGUCAAGGAGAAGGGCAACAACCUGAUUUGGGUCCUGGAGGAGAUCGCCGAGGAUGUCGCGAUGCUUACUGUCGAUGAGAUUGGUCUGCUAGAACGAGGCAGUGGUGACGUCGAGCCCAUCUUCGGCAUUGAUCGAGUCCGCAACGGCAUGGACGUGCAAAGGCUGAUUCCUGCUUGGCCGAAGCUAGCUGGCACGAACACUGGAGCUAUCGACUAUGAUGCGGUGCGGAAGCUCAAGCGUUUUACAGCACGAACGAGCAACUCGAUCAGCAUACCGAUCACGGUCGACCAGGUCAACGAUUCGAACAUUUUCAGGAUAUCGAGCUUUCCACAUGUGGCAGGCAUACUAGUCGUCAACCCUUCGACAAUGCGAGUCAGCAGCUCUAACAAUGCCUUCGCUGGAGCUCUUUUUGGGCACGACAGACCUGCUGGACUGCCAAUCAUGGAACUCCUUCCAUCCUUCGACAAGGUGCUUCGUAUAAUGACGGAUGAAGACAGGAUUGCGCUGGUCGAUGGAAUCGUGAUUCCCGAGCACAGUUUCCGUCGCGCUCGUGCUCUGCUUGCACUGCGAGAAGGCUCUGCCGAUGCUGCGGCUAUCUUCCUGCGGCCCAGUGGACUACCAGCGAAGCACAGAGAUGGCGCUGAGAUCAUGGUCGAUGUGCAGAUGCGCGUUGUGCGAUCUGACAGGGAUCCGAUCUACAAUGAGACGGUCAUUGACGAAGAUGGACCGCUACUCUCGAACGGCGGCGAGGUCGUCUACGCGCUGUGGAUCACAUAUAGCCGGCAGAUGCAUGCGGUCAAUCACGGCAUUGGACCAGUCACUCCUCACAUCAGCAGACCCAGUACACCUCCACAAACGAGACCAGCACUGUCGGCUGAUAGCAGUGAUAUGCCAAGCCCUGUGGUCGUUGGUGAGUCAGAAACCACAAAUGACGAAGAAGCCUCCCGGAUCGAUCUGCUUGAUCAACGACUCAACGAGGCCAAGUCGAAUUCACAAAUGGCGGGCAUGCCGGGAGAAGGCGAGCCAUAUGAGCAUCCGGCUCCAGACAUGAUCGAGGCAGGCGUCAAAGUCAUCACGAAGAAGCGCAUAGACGAUUUUACGAUCCUGGAGGAGAUGGGUCAAGGUGCUUACGGCCAGGUAAAACUUGCGCGGUACAAGAAGGCCGCGGCCAUGAAGAUGGUCAUCAAGUAUGUGACGAAACGUCGGAUCUUGGUCGACACCUGGCAUCGCGAUCGACGUCUCGGAACUGUGCCGUUGGAGAUUCAUGUCUUGGACUACCUUAGGAGGGAUGGUUUACAGCACCCGAACAUCGUGGAGAUGGCUGACUUCUUCGAGGACGACAUAAACUACUACAUUGAGAUGAAGCCACAUGGCCUUCCUGGGAUGGACCUGUUUGAUUACAUUGAGCUGAGAGUGACCAUGGAGGAGCGGGAGUGCAGGAAGAUCUUCAAACAAGUUGCCGAGGCGCUGCACCAUCUUCACAUCACCGCCAAAGUCGUACACCGAGACAUCAAGGACGAGAACGUCGUUCUUGAUGGCGAGGGCCGCGUCAAGCUGGUCGACUUCGGAAGCGCGGCAUACAUCAAGUCCGGUCCCUUCGACGUUUUCGUCGGGACAAUAGACUACGCCGCCCCCGAAGUGCUCCGGGGCCUCCCGUACCGCGGCAAAGAACAAGACGUCUGGGCCUUGGGAAUCCUCCUCUACACCAUCGUCUACAAAGAAAAUCCGUUCUACUCCAUCGACGAAAUCAUGGACCACGACUUACGGGUGCCUUACGUUAUGAGCGAGGAGAAUCUGGAUCUCAUCAGGAAAAUGCUUGAUCGUGAUGUUGAGAGGAGGAUUGGGAUUCAGGCUGUGUUGGAGCAUCCCUGGACGCUGCAUUUGGAUGAUGAGGAUGCUGCUGCUGCUGCACCGAGUCCGCCCGAUGGAGGCCAGGGACAGGCGGUGGCGCCGCAGACGGUGGCGGUCGCUGCGUGA